AUGUCUGAGGAGGCUGACCGAGCGGCGGCUGCCGAACGGGAUGACGUCCUCGAUGCGGCGGGCAGCGGCGACCUGCCGGCGGUGCGCCAUUUUGUGCGCCAGAACCGCACCGCGGCGCUCAGCGCGAAGAAUGGAUUUGGCGAAACGGCGCUCCUGUGGGCCGCGUGGCAGAACCACGACGACGUGGUGCACUUCCUCAUCGAGGCCAAGGCGGACCUCGAUGUCGCGAACAACGAUGGUGCCACGGCCCUUCAUAUCGCUGCCUUCAACGGCCACCUGCACACCGCGGAGCUGUUGGUGGCCGCGGGCGCCUCGCUCGACGUCAAGGACAAAAAAGGUAUGACACCAUUGGAUCUCGCUCGACAAUUCAAGGAACAAGAGGUGGUGAAGCUGUUGGAAUCUGCGGCACAGAAGAAAGUGGAGGCGACGACGCAGAAGAAAGUGCUGACGGUCGAGCUUUGGUGGCAGAGCACGGAGAGAGCUGCCCUGACAACUUAG